CCUUCCCUUCCCUUCCCUUCCCUUCCCUUCCCUCCCUUCCCUUCCCUUCCCUUCCCUUCCCUUCCCUUCCCUUCCCUUCCCUGCAAUCCUUUUCUGGAAGACAAUAUUCUGAAGGUGGGCCAAUUCACAUCAUUUUCUUUUCAUCAGUGUAUUUUGCAUUCUUCUCAACUGGUGUCUUUGAGGCAGGUGUCAGGAGUUCCCUUGUGAACUGUAGAAAUUUCCAGUAGGUCAUUGUACAGUGUGAAUUACACCAUGUCCAAGAAAGAUGUCUCUAUGGCAAUGUCAUGGCCCCAGCCUUGAUUGAAAAUUCAGGGCUCUUGGGAGAAACCAGACAAGUCAGGAACCCCUGCUUCAUCCUUAUGUGCUUAAUUGUGAUGAGCUGGUCAGGCUUGGUUUUGUACAUUGAAAAGAAAUACGCUUAUGCAGUCCCAAUCACAGGAGCUUGAGCCUGGGAGCGUACUUAGUGCAUCUCAUGUGGGCUUUUUUAUAUUUAUGUGAUGUAUUGAUGAGUAGGAAUAGAGAGCUGUGAAGAGAAGCUCAGAGUUUCCAAAGACUUGCCAGCAUGCUGGAGUUCGCGUUUGUUUAGUCCCUUAAUGGGGGGGGGGGCAUCAGUGCUUCCCCCGGUUGUGUUUGUGGAUCUGUACAUUUAUGGGGAAAGGGAGAGGGGACAUUUGAGUCCUGCCUUCAGAUUUGGGGGAGAGAAGAAAGGCAGAAUUUCACAUGGGCUACCAGGUAAUCUAUGUUUCUUUCCCCUCAUAGGAAGCUGGGACUGAAAGAGUGGGAGCAGAUGGAAGGGGAGAAGCAGCUGUCAGCCGCAGAGGGAGAAACUGAAAUUAGCUGCAGAAGAGCUAUGGAACUACAAGUGAGUUCAGCUCCUACCAGCAGCUCACACACGUCCAUUGGAUUAUCUUGAAACUUCGUACAGGGUUUAGACCCAAGUAGCACACAAAUCUAUACAAAUAUUCAGGAGACAUUUAUUUUUAUAGAGACUUCAAGAAGAAUGUGACAUUUUCCAGAUGUUAAGUUAAAAAUAUUAUUCUAAACCAGUUAAGCCACUAAAGAUUUCCUGAUCCCCAGUGUUGGCCAGACUGUGUGGAAAUGUGGUUCCCGCACACAUUUCUGGAGGUGCUGGAAAUUAUCACAAACCUCAGGAAGCAGUUUGGUGGAGGACGAAUCACAUGGACAAGUAUGACCAUCCCAUUUUAGAGACCCACUUGUAGUAGCUGUGAGAAAUUGGUAAGGAUAUAAGGGAAAGAAGACUUGAACUUUAUGAUGAAAGAUACUCAUUGCAGGAUUAGGGAGCUGUCGCCACUGGUAAGGAGACCAUGUCAACGCAUAGCCCCACAGGCAUUAAAUAAUAAAUCCAAGAUGAUGUAGCGAUGGCUUUGAGUUUUCUGUACUCUUCCUCCUCAUGUGAAAUGUGUCUUAUAUGAUUGGAUCGUGAGUAUGAGAGUUCAGUUCUUAUAAUGGGAACCUCGGCCAAUUAACGUCACCCUCAACAUGGUGCUUCAUCUGAUGAAAGCAAUUGCACUCCCAGGAGAAGAGUAGAAGAAACACAAGAACAGCUGCAGCAGUCAGAGCUCACCUUCGGACACCAGGUAGCCUGCACGCUGCCCAGUAGUUCCUGAGUCCUCCAGCACCUAAUGCAGAUAAUCAUAACGGGACACUGAAUCCCUCCACAUGGGUUUUUAUUAAUGUGCUGACUCUUUCAGAUUGCUCUUUGUGAGAAAGUGUCUCAGGACAACUAGGUAAGAAUGUUUUUCUCUCCUCCUCUUGUGUGUACUCUGCCACAGCUGAACGUGGAUGUGUUUCUCCCCGCUCAGGGCUUGUGAGUUGGAGAAGGUGAUGGCAGAGCAGAGCAGGGAGGUCGCCUACUUGAAAUGCAGACUGGAAGUCAUCCACAAACAGAGGCUUCCAGAGGAAUCCAGGAGGCACAAACCAAUGGCAGCAGGACCUGACAGAGAGAUACCUCCAUGGAGAGGCUAUCGGCCACCCACCCCUUCUGCACCCUGGUGGCCUCUAGGACCUUACCCUCCACCUCCACCUCCACCAUUUGAGCCUUUAGCCAAUCCAGAAGCUGGUGUCGCUCCCGUAAGUCAAAACAAGCACUUUACCAAAAAUGCUGAAAAGGACAAGGGCAGCGUGGAUCCAUGGGGACCUCCUCUGCUAACUGGAAGAUUCUGCACACCCUACCCUCGAGGUCCCCCCAUGGGCUAUAGGGCAUGUCCACCUCCUGAACCUUGGUGGCCCUGGGGACCACCCCAGACCUGUCUACCUACACUGCAUGGUGUCUCUUGUGGAGAUGGAAUGGGGCUGUAUACACAAAAGCAGACAUAGGGCUUCAGCAGAUGUGUGCUGUACACAGUCCAUGUGCUGGGCUAUGGGAGGCAUGAGGCUCAGCCUAAGGUAUAUCUGUCCAGGGCCUUUUGCAGAUCCCGAAGUUGCUCCUGUGAGUGAGAACAACACAGACUCUACCAAAAGGGCCAAGAAGGACAAGGCCAUUAUGUAUGCAAGAGGGC